UUACGUGUGUGUUUACUCGAAGAGCUUUUUGCUUGGUUUAUGAAUUUUAAAACGAUUUUACUUAAUUCUUUAAAAGUUUGUAAUAAACAAAUAUAAUUUAUAUUAUAACCGUCAUGUAUUCUUUUAAAAAGCCUUAGAAAUUCCACUGUUUGAUUUAAAAUAUGGUUGUUUUGGAUACCAUGGAAGGCGUAGGAAGCCUAGAAGAAGAAGCACUAAAGAGAAAAGAACGACUAAAGAACUUAAAACGUAAAAACCCAAGUGGAGACAAUGCAGCGACCGCAUCAUCAAAUAAUGAAACAUCAGCUGUCCUACCUAAGCCAGUAUUUAGAAGCUAUAAACCACAGGAUGAAAAUUUGCAACAGGCAAAGUUACAAGAUGCAGAGCCAGCUAAAGUAGAUGAAGAAGUGAAAGAUCUUGUAGAAGCAGGAAAAGAAAAGGUUGUACUACAAGACUUAGACAUUGCUAGUUUAGCUCCACGCAAACCAGACUGGGACCUCAAGAGAGAUGUGGCUAAGAAAUUGGAGAAACUUGAGCGCAGAACACAGAAAGCCAUUGCCGAAUUGAUAUGGGAAAGGCUAAAGAAUGGAACGGAAGAGAAUUUAGGUGCUAUGCUUACAAUGAAUGAUAAUAGAGCUACACAGGAUGACUGAAAACUAAUUUUAGCAAGAUAAGUGUGUAUGUUACUAAUAAGUAGAUUUUGGUAAAGAAAAACAACUAAUUGAGGAUGUACUAUAGUUUUUGGGAGUGUGUGGUUAGUGGUAGUAUUUACUUUAGAAGUAUACACUAUAGAAUUUCUAGACAGUUAUGUAUAUUGGAACCAAUCCCUUUUAAUAUUAAAUUCCACAUAUUUAUACCUACCUUGAUAUUUAUGUAAAAUAUAAAAAAUAUGCAGUCAGACAAAAAAUUUAAUUCAAGUCAGUCAAAUAUGAAAAACUUUGUUAGCCUGCUUUAUGUACCAUAAAUUAUAAUAUGUAUUAGUUAUCCCAUUGUUUUCCGGCAUAUCAAACUAUAUCUAUUACUUACUUUAUCAAGAACAGAAUUAUUCUCCAUAUGGAUAUUUCAGAAGAGAAUAGAAUUACUGUGUAAAAAUAUUUUUGUAAAGAACAACAAUAAACAAUCAAAAAAAUA